GUACCUCUCGGCCAUUCGAUUUUCGUUUUAUUUUGGGAAAUCCAAAAUCGGGAAACGAGCCGACUUCCGUUUCCCGAUUUGAUGUUGGGAAACAAAAUACGGGAGAUGGUCCAUUUCCCGUUUCUCGUUUGGAAAUUGAAAAACGAAAAACGAAAAACGAGCCUUCAUCUGAUUUCUAAUUAUGCGUUUAUCAAACAGAAGUCGGGAAAUAAAAUACGGCCAUUAUUCUUUUUCUCAAACUUGCUUUGACGGAAACCGGAAGACUUUCUUCUUCGUUUGAAAAGUCAGAGUAUUGUGUAUGUGCUGCCCCCUUCUGUAUGUCUGUGAGCUUCAAACGAAGCCCGCCACCCGAUAGACAUCAAUAUUAUGUGUGUCAGCAUCCCAGCUGUCCUCCCUCACCCGCCACGCGGCCUCUUUCGCCAUCUCCGAUCGGUGUGAAGAUUAAAACGUGAUGGAGUCAUUUGUAUUAUUUCGCGGAGGGAGAAGAGUGUCUCUUAGAGGGGAAGACAUGACGGUGGACAAAGUCUGCAGGAUUUUUCAGGUUAGUGCUGGCAGUGUCUUCAUCACUGACGACACAAACACCGCCAUUUUCCCUGACAUCUCAGGGACUUUCCCCCGAACAAACCUCACGAACCGUGGCCAUUAUGAGGUCCACGGAGACCAGGGGUCAAGUUUAACCCCAGUCAACAGGGCACCUGUCCCAUUCUCGAUGCCCUCGUCAUCUGUCCCCUCAGUGGGCUCAGGAAGAGCACCAGGAUUGGGGAUAUCAAGACCCAUUGGCUUCUCAAGACCACUGCAGAGGUCAAUCCAUAUCGGUGAGGUUGUCAAUGGGAGGUUAGCAACCUCCAGAACAGUGGUCAUACGCUUCUCUGAAGCAGAGGCCACUGUUGAGGGGAUUGCCUCCAAAGUCAGAGAUGCUCUGGACAGUGAGGAGGACAUUACCCUGACUGACAGUCAGGGUAAUGAAAUCAUUGAUUGUGAGGGAACAAGAAACUCCCACUAUUGGAAGCAGAAUUCCCGCAAAGUAUUUGCAUUGCUGGACAGUGAAUUCCGGGAAUUUCAGAGUGGACGGAGGGCCAGAACAAGUCGAAGGGCUCCAGACAGCCAUCUGCAGGAUGUCAUCGACAAAAUCGAUGAGCUGAAAAAUGCUGCCGAGAACCUCCAUGGCAUCUCCAAUAAUAUCAAUCAGCUAUCUGAGAUGGCCAUGAAGAAAAUUCAAGAAGCUGAUGUCCAGCCAGCUGUGGAAGCUUUUACCUGCUUGGUUUGUAAAGCUAUCAUGGAUGAGCCCAUGUUUUCCACCUGCUGUUGCUCACUGGUGGGGUGUGGAGCCUGUGUGAGGCAGUGGCUCAUAAAUGCAGACCACUGCCUGAAGUGCAGAAGCCCAGACUUUGAGUCCAACAUCCACCAGGCAAGGGGUCUGGAUGCUGCCUUGGCCUUUUUCAAAUCAGUGAUUUAAUGUGUUUUCU